AUUUAUAGCAAAUAUUUAAGAAGUCUUUACUAAGGCUUGAUCCAUUUGUCAACAAAAAAAAUAUCAGUGUAAAAUGUUUCUGUAUUUAAACAUCUUGGUACUGCUCUUCCUGGAGGGAACCCUUUCAAGUCCACUGACCACACCACUGAGAGGAUGCCCCACCUGUAAGGGAAAACAAUCCCAGAGUCAGCCGUCUGGAGAUUUAAAUGCCACUACUCUGGCUCUUGGAGAGCCUUGUGGUGUCUACACUCUGAGCUGCUCUCAAGGUCUGCGAUGUGAACCUCUGAAGGAUGAACCGAGGCCCCUCCGUGCCCUGCUGGAGGGCAGAGGAGUCUGCAACAAUUCCAGCAGUGCCACCCCGACUGAAGUGGUCCAAAUUGUUGAGACAUACCCAGCUCCCACUGAACAUCCAGAUGAGGCUCCAUGUCGGAAACUGCUAACUUCGCUCAUUAAAGGUCUUGAUGCCCAUUUAUUUAAGACCAAUCAUGACAUCUACAUGCCCAACUGUGACAAGCAUGGUUUCUUCAGAAAGAAGCAGUGUUGGUCAUCUCGAGGUAAGCAGCGUGGGAAGUGUUGGUGUGUGGAUGAGAAUGGGAUGCCUGUCUCUCCAAACACUAAACAGAGGGGCAGCCUGAGUUGUUGAUGUGCAUUUGGCAAACUGAAGCUUCACUACCAACAUGAGACAGAGAUGAAGGAAGAUCAAACAGAGACUAAACGACAUGGAGACAGCGUCUCGUAACUUGUUCUCCAUCACAGAAAACUGUUUCACAAGCAGGUGAAAUUUUGUCUCCUUGCGCCCUCUGCUGAACACAUUCAAACUUUGUUGAUUUCAUUAUUUCACAUCUGCUUUAUUAAAUGUACAGUCAUAUAUGAAUUAUGUAUUGUGUGGAUGCCUCAA